GUUUUCUUCGUCAAUACAGAAAAAUGUCUAGAGAGAGAAAGGUAAAAGAGUAAACGAAGAAGAAGAGAAGAAAUCAGAGACUUUGUUGUUUCCGCCUCACUAAAAUCGAAAGUUAUUCACUAAAGCUGCCGUCUUCAAAUAUCUCGCCCGAUCUUUAAACCAAAUUGUCCCAAAUGUGGCGAAAAAUUUCUUGCCUAUCUUGCGCCGCCGACUGCCAUUGUUUCUGAGCUUCAAAUCACCGUAUAGUGACAAGCAGAGACCGAUGAUCCGCUGUUGUUAGUGAGCUCAUUUCGUAGUCUGGGGUUUUAAAUCAACUGGGUCAUACCAUAGAUAUAGGUUAGAAGAAAUGGGAGAUACUGAGGAAACUAGUAUGGAUAUGGAUGUGAUACAAAGGCUACAAUCUUCUUUUGGAACUUCACCUUCUUCACUUCAAAAGAAACCCAUUUCCAUGCCUCAAUUAGAUAUACCUCAGUUUAAUACCUCAUCAGUUCGUCCUCCCGUGAGGCAAUUUUCGUCAAACUAUACUGUUGAUUCGAUUAAGAGAGUAGGGAUACCACCUUCCCAUCCGCAGAUCCCUCCGAUUUCACCUUAUUCACAGAUUCCAUCUUCCCGUCCGGCUAGUCAACUUCAUGGUUCGCAAAAUUUCAGUCCUAGCCCAACUCAUUCUCGAUCCUUAUCACAACCCUCAUUUUUCUCCCUUGAUUCCUUACCUCCACUUAGCCCAUCCCCUUAUAGGGACUCCCCAGCGAACUCGAAUUCUGGUCCAUUGUCAACAGACGUGUCAAUGGAGGAUAGAGAUGUACUUUUGCCGCCUUCUCCUUUCAUGAGGGGUCUGCCAAGGGCUGGAGAAAGCCUUCCACCUCGCAAAGCUCACCGUCGCUCUAACAGCGACAUUCCAUUUGGAUUCUCCUCUAUGAUUCAGUCUCCUCCUCCAUUUGUUCCAGCAAGAAGCCCAUCUACAUUAGUUAAGCGAGAAGUGAGUUGGAGUAAGAGCAGGGAGCAGAACUCAGAAGAAACUGGUGAGAGGAAAACAGAAGGAGAAGUUGUGGAUGAUCUUUUUUCGGCUUAUAUGAAUUUGGACAACAUUGAUGCAUUGAAUUCGUCAGGGACAGAUGAUAAGCAAUCUAAUGAUAAUCUAGAGGAGAGUAGAGCCAGUGGGUCGAAAACAAAUGGAUGCGACAGCAGUGACAAUGAAGCGACAAGCAGUGUAAAUGAGAGCGGUGGUGGUGGUAUCAGUUUGAAAAGAAAUGCAGGAGGAGAAGAAAUUGUUCCAAGUGCCAGCAGACAUUACAGAAGUCUUUCUAUGGAUAGUUUCAUGGAGAAGAUGAACUUUGGUGAUGAGAUGCCUUCCCCAGGAAUACAUUCUGCACAAGAUGCUAAGUCGAAUGGCUUCAGUUUGGAUUUUGUGAAUGGAGGUGAGUUCAGUGGUGCCGAGAUGAAGAAAAUAAUGGCCAAUGAGAAACUUGCUGAAAUAGCAGUCAAUGAUCCUAAGCGAGCUAAAAGGAUCUUGGCAAACCGUCAAUCUGCUGCCCGUUCUAAGGAAAGGAAGAUGAGAUAUAUCGCUGAGCUUGAACACAAGGUUCAGACACUUCAGACAGAGGCAACAACUUUGUCUGCACAACUUACUCAUUUGCAGAGAGAUUCUACUGGACUUACUAGCCAGAACAAUGAGUUGAAGUUUCGAUUACAAUCCAUGGAACAGCAGGCUCAACUUAGAGAGGCUCUCAAUGAAGCUUUGACAGCAGAGGUUCAUAGAUUGAAGCUGGCAAGUGCGGAACUGAACGGAGGAGAUGCAUCCAAGUUUCAACAACUCUCUCUGAAUCCCCAGAUGUUUCAUGCACAUCAUCAUCAGCUCCAACAACAACAACAAUCGCAGCAGCAGCAGCCGCAAACUCAAAAGCCAUUGCAGCAGCCAACAUCACAGCAACAGAACAACACAGCCACAUCACAUGAAUCCAAACCUUAGGUUUCAAAAGGAGAAAACCAACAAACCCCACCCAUGGCCAGCAACAACAGAAACUUUGAUUUCCCAUGUCUAGUUUAUUUUGCAUGAGUCUGAGAGUCUAUUAUGCAUAUUCUUUAAUUGUUUUUUUUUUUUUUGCAUAAAACACAAUCAAGUGGUGUAUUAUUAUAACUAUAAUCAUCAAAUCAGUACUAUUUCAUUUGCCAUUAUCAUAAUAUGUGUUCAUGUACAAACACCUUAUAUAUUUUAUAGUCUAAAAACUGGGUA